AUGCGCAUCGUAAAGAGGCUCUUAGAUGCGUUGAAGGCUGAGACCAUAUCUGAGGAUAUUCUACCACAUUUCAUAGCAUCGUUCAAGAGCCUCGUCAAAUGCAACUUCAAUGCAGAAGUCCAUCGUGCUCUAGCACUCUUCAUCACCUACGCUCUGCAUACGGUUCCUCAUUCGCUGCCGCGGACUCCCAAACCAUUAUCUGCGAUUAGUCGUGGAGCGAGCACACCCAACCUUCUGCGAAGGACUACGGUUCCAACGGACAAUUCCAGUGCGCCGGUCGGCUCAAAGGCCUUGACAAAGAAGCAAGUUGGCACGCGGAUGCUAGAUUUGUAUACUUCUCUUCUGUGUGAGAAGGGCAGUCUGGUCGACAUUCGCAAGUUCGCCAGGACGGUGACAAAUAAGGUGACCUACAAAGAACCACCAAGCGAGGUCUUCGCGCUAACCUCCGGCCAGUGGCUACUUUAUCUUCUAGCUGACGAUGAUCCCGAGAUCGUCGUAUACGGCACCAAGAUCCUCGCAAGACUCUUGGUCACUCAUGGGUCUAGCUAUACGUCCAAGUUCGCCAGCAAAACGGGUGGUUUCUGGAUCAUGGCUCAUAGGUUGAAGCAUUGGUGGGACAUAUCUACCCUGUGGCCGAUUUGCUUCAGCAUUCUCUUUGGAUAUGACGUGGCAGAGAUCAACUUUGACCGACCCUUUGACUUCUUCAACCUCAUAGAGGUAUUUGGCAAGUGCCGGGUGGUAUAUCCGGACGUCUUACCCGUCAUUACCUCGAUGCUUCAACAUGGCCUCCGGGACAUUUUGAAGUAUCAGGAUGAUCCCGACUCUCCGGUGGGUGGUGAGACAAGUCCGACCAAGGGCUCGCCAAAUACCUCGGAGCCGGUUAAUAGACCCCGUGGUCGAUCCAUGGCAUUAUCGGAAGCCCUUGAGUCUAGACAAACAAGGCAACGUGAUAGGGAGAGCAUCACAAACCAUGCUGUCGUACUGCAGACUGUCGUCCGGUUUCUCGCCGACUUUUACUCUAGGUCGGUUGGCUUCCAGGAUUUCGCUCUCUCUUCUGAAUAUGUGCGGCUCUUACUAUCAGCCUUGUAUCCGGUCAUUGUCAGCACAGAUCCUGUCAAUCCUGAGACUGAGCUCAACUCAAAGGACUCGGCUCUGACCUUUGAGGGAGGUGAUGUGAUAAUUCGACCGGUAACGGGGUCGGCUGGUCCAGCACCCAUAGUCAGGACAUCGACUGUUGCCUCUACAGAAGCCACCGCGACCCAGCCGCAAUCUGCACGAGGAACUCAGCUGCGCAGAGCAUCAUCUUUCAUCCUCCUGACCGCCCAGCAGCAUAUAGCUAGCACGGCGAGGCUGGCGCACGUCAUGUCCCCGAAGAAGAAAGUUGCUGCUCAGAAAAUCAGCAACGUGGUACUCGACGGCCUUAUGGAGCUUGUCGUCAGUGUCUUCACGGACCAAGUACUAGUUCGCAAGGAGUUUCCUGGGUUUAGCCUAUUUCUGAAGGUGCCUCCAGGCUUCCAAGAACACCAGGCUUAUUUCGAGUCCUACGUCUUGCGAAAUACCAUAUCGCAUCUUAGUAGCGCUGUACAACUAAACCAGAAGGUGUUGUGCGAACCAAAGAUUCUCACAAACAUGGCACGGUUUAACGUACACAUCGUUGAAGCCAUUUUCGAGGGAUGGUUCAUGAAUGGCGCGGAGUCAAUGCUGGAUUUUACUGGCAUGGUGCUUGAGUAUUUGCAACGGCCAGAAAUAUCAUCACUGAAGAGCGUCCGGCUUUGCAGUCAGGCAGUUGCCACCAUUAGAGUGUCUUUCCUGAAGCUAGUCCUGCUCCGGCUCUCGGACAUGGACGAUAGCCAGGUAUCUGACCAGGAGGCUUUGUCGGUGCUAGAGAGGCUGUUUUACUGGCAGACCGUGCUCCUGGAUUGUCUGACAACAGAUGACGACUAUAUGAAGCUUCUUUGGUAUCAACUUUACGCGAAGCUCAUUGAUUCUCGAGAGUCGAUACGGCUCGCUGCCGCCAGCAUUUGGCGCAUCAUGCUGGUGCAGAAGCCACAGGAAACAUCCACACUCUUGCGACAAUUCGUGACGCCGGACCAGUUGCAGUUGAUGAAGGGCUUCAGGAAGCUCACUGAAGUUGACGAUGACACCUUCAUCGAGUGGGUUGAUCAGCAUCGGCCAUCACUUGAUGUGCUCUUCCUAGGAGGCAUCUCACGGACGUGGGAAGAUUUCGUCAGCGUUGAAAAUCAACGGACUAUGGACACUGCGAGGUCAAGAUUGACGAAGCGCAAAGAGAAGCUAAAGGUCUGGCACACCGAGGGUCUCGAACGCGAGAACGUGCUCCUGCGACAUGAGAUGGCCAAUGGUGCUUGGAUGAAGAGCAUCUACAUCACGGAGCAUUUCAAGCAUCAGCGCCUUGCGCAGGAUCAGCAAGACGACCUCGCUUUCCUCUUGUCGUCGUUCGGCAAGAUGGAUCGGGAGCUCAAGAGGCCUGGAGCGAUCUUUGCCAGCCCCUCAACCUCGAUUAAGUGGAAGCUAGACAGGACAGAGGGCCGGAAUAGAAUGCGUCUGCGAUUGCUUCCCGAUUAUUCAAAAUCUUCCGACGAGUAUCAGCCGAAGGAAGCGAAGAAAAAGGGACCCGAGGCCAUUCCAUCAGUUGCUAGCUUACGUCUUGACACGAAAGUCAACUCUUCAUCUUCUGGUAUUAGUGCCACGCCAAUUUCUACAACAACGCCAUUCCAGCUUGAAGGGGAUAGUAGAAAGGGGUUGGUCGAUCUGUCUGCAGAGCCAGGAGCAGUCCCUUCUUCUGCAGAUCAGGCAGUAUCGCCAGAAGAUGAUUUCGAGCUUGUCGAUGAUCCCAAUGAUCCCGAUGGGGAUGAUGCCUUUGAGGAUAAGAAUCGGAAAGUCAUGAGACGGCUCGAGCAUGGCGAUACCGUCCAGAGUGUCUACAACGUGUCUCGCAUCAUUGGAUUAGAAGCCUGCGAGGGCAUCUUGAUUAUCGGAAAGGAGGCUCUCUAUCUCAUGGAUAAUGUGUUUAGGAGCGCAGACGGCGAGAUCAUCAAUGUAUGGCAAGCGCCCCCUGAGGAGAGAGACCCGUAUUCCCAGAUUAUCACGGGCACAUCUAAGUCUGUGGACAAACGCCCGAGCCAAAAUAGGAGCGAACAAGAGUCUCGGAGCUGGAGAUGGCAUGACGUGAUUAGUAUUUCGAAGCGUCGUUUUCUUUUCAGAGACGUGGCCAUCGAGAUCUUCUUUACUGAUGGCAGGAGUUACUUGCUCACAGCACUGAAUGUCGCGACCAGAGAUGAGGUAUACAACAAGUUGCGGACCAAGACUCCUCAUACAGAUGAUCCAAAAUCACUACCGAACCCUGAGGAUGCGUGGCGCCUGGAGGCCUUGCGGGUGUUUGACGAGGCGCCGCAGACAUUCGGAUCCAAGUUUGGUAGCAUCUUCAACUCCUCGCCUUGGAACCCGACGAUGAGAAGAUGGCAGAAGGGGGAGCUUUCGAAUUUCCACUAUCUGAUGCUUGUCAACACUAUGGCUGGUAGAACUUUUAACGAUCUCACACAAUAUCCUGUCUUCCCGUGGAUCUUGGCUGAUUAUACGAGCGAGGAGCUUGACUUGAAUGACCCCAAGACUUUCCGAGAUCUCUCCAAGCCAAUGGGUGCGCAGACCGUUGCUCGGCAAACAGACUACAUGCUGCGAUAUAGUAGUUUGGCUGAGAUAGAGCAAGUCCCGUUCCACUAUGGCACUCAUUACUCAUCUGCAAUGGUUGUCUGUUCUUAUCUCAUCAGACUGCCGCCCUUCGUUCAGUCGUACAUUCUCCUUCAAGGCGGUACUUUUGACCACCCUGAUAGAAUGUUCUACUCCAUCGAAGGGGCGUGGAACUCGGCAUCUAGAGACAACGGUACCGACGUUCGUGAGCUAAUACCUGAGUUCUAUUACCUUCCUGACUUCCUUACAAAUAUCAACGGGUACAAUUUCGGUGUACGGCAAGGAAAGGGUGGCAAGAUUGACAACGUUGCGCUCCCGCCCUGGGCCAAGGGGGAUCCCAAGAUCUUCAUUGCCAAGCAUCGUGAGGCGCUGGAAAGCCCCUACGUCACGCAGAACCUGCAGCAUUGGAUCGAUCUUGUCUUUGGGUACAAACAGCGAGGAGAGGCGGCAGUUGACAACCUGAAUGUCUUUCACAAUUUGUCGUAUCAUGGUGCUAUCGAUCUGGACAAUAUCACUGAUCCUCAAGAACGAGCAAUCACAACCGGUAUCAUCCACAAUUUCGGUCAGACUCCCCAUCAAGUCUUCUCUAAACCGCACCCCCCACGCGAGCAUGCCCAUAACCCAAUCAAGAGGCUUGAUACAUCUGUCAACGCUCUGACUAGGAUUCCCUACCCUCUUCUAGGUAAGCAGUUUCUCGGUAAGGUGUUGUCAGACAGAGCUAACGAAGACACAGAGAGCCAUGAGCGUGUGGCUUCUCUUAUCUAUGCACCCAAGCUCGAUCGUCUCCUUUGCGCCUCCCCGUUCCGUAUAAACAUACCUCCUAUCUAUGACAAGUUCCUUGAAUGGGGCUAUGCAGAUAAUAGUGUGCGGUUCUUCCACAGUGACAACAGAAAGCCUGCGGGUCUAUUCGAGAAUCUACAUCAGGGGCAAAUUUCGUGUGCCAUCUUCGCGGACUCCAAGACUCUAAUCACUGCUGGUGAGGAUUGUGUUGUGUCAGUCUAUGCCGUUCAGAACCCUUCCGGCAAAAACGUCGAGCUCCUUCCGAGGCUGUCACUCUUUGGACACAAAACUCCAGUCAACACAAUCGCUGUAUCCAAAGCCUUCAGCACGUUUGUCACGGUCUCUCAAGAUGGAACCACUUUCCUGUGGGAUUUGAACAGGCUAGAGUUCAUUCGCAAACUACCACUGAACCGCGCUGUUGAAUGUGCACGAAUCAAUGACGUCUCCGGCGAGAUCAUGCUAUGCUCUGGACCGAGCGUGCUGAUCUACAGCUUGAACGGCGACCUCAUCCUAGAGCAGAACGUCUGUGGGGCAGAAGGCCAGGACGACUUCGUCCAGUCCUGCGCAUUCUACGAAGGCUCAGCGAACGAGUGGCUGGAGAACUUCCUAGUCUUCACAGGCCACCGCAGAGGCCGGGUCAACGUCUGGCGGAAGACCGUUGGCAAGAACGGCCGCUGGAUCCUAGAGUUCCUCCGUAGGCUGGAUCAUGUGGACCCCAAAUCAGAGACGGGAGCAAAUGUAGAAGCUCCAAUCACAUGCAUUACAACCAUGCCACAGUUACUAUACACCGGCGAUGACGAUGGGCGAGUUUACGAAUGGAAUCUGAUUCAGCGAGAACGAUAA